CUUUUAAAAAUCUACAAACAGGUACAAAUUUGGAAAACAUUGGGGGCGUUACAGCUGACACUAAACCCUAGCAUUCGCCGCGAGGCAGGAAUCUUCAACAAUGGAGAGGAAGGAAAAGAAGAAGAAGCUGGAUGUGGAAAACCCUAUACCAUAUGAAGAAGCUGAAAACGAGAAGCAGAAAGGAGAGGAGGAGACGCUGACUGUGAAGAUGCAAACUUUGAGCUCAGACCCAGAUAAAAUCUCCCCGAUUGUCGGGUACUUUGCGUCCGGUUCCGAUCCGUUUACAAAAAAUUCUGCCGAGCAAUCGGAUGCCACGGUCAGGGUUUACAGACAUACAAAAAGGAGUAAUAGGUUACAGCUCGCCGUGAGCCAGAAUGACUCCCCGGUGGAUUUCGUUGGGACGAAUUAUUCCGGCGAGGCUACGGCUCCUCAGCUCUGUAAUUACGCGAUUGGAGUGUUGGACAAGGAGACCCAAACGCUUAAGAUUGUUCCUAUUGCUGGAAACAAGGUUAUUAGAUUGGAUCCUAAGGUUGCAGGAGUUGACAUACCAGAAGAUGAAAAUAUGGAUAAGAAACAGCUCACUGCAGAGGAAAAGGCUCUCAAAACCAGAGCUUUAACUGAAAUGUACUCUAACAAGAAAUCUAUUCGAAAGGCUAAGAAACUUGAUACUUUGCGGGAACAAGCAAAUGCCGGUGCCGAGCAUGUUGAAGGGAACGAGCUCAUAAAUCAAGAAGCUCUUAACGUUGCCAUCGCCACCGCAACAGAUGGUGGUGGCCGCAAUAUCCCACCACAUGAUUUGGAUGCCACUACACCUCAGGCAGCAUAUCCACUGGACAAGAUUAUUGCCAAGGGAGAGUGGGAUUAUCUCUCAGAUAUCUUUGAUGUUUUGGAAACUGGAGAGCGCAUUCCACUUGAUGCUUUUCCAAGCUUUGUAUGCAACAGAACGUAUAAAUUGGCAGAUAUUAAGGAUGAGACACAGAAGCGAAGAAUGGCUGGGAUUUUUUCAUACAUUACUCAUCUUGUUAAGUUCAAGGAUAAGCAUUCUAUGGAUGGCUUUUCUUCUGCAAAGCAUCACAAAAUUCCAGGCAUGUUAGUCCAGAAAUUCUCGUCACUGUUUGGUGUUUCAGAGUCGAAGAGACUUCCUGCUGAAAAAAUUGAUCUCCUCAUCAGUUACGUACUUGUUCUCACUUUAUACGCUGACAAUUUCCGAAGUGAUCCAUCAGACAUAGCCAAAGAUCUCAGAAUGAGUGCUGGAGAUUUAAGGCCUCGUUUGGAGUUACUGGGUUGCAAAUUCGUUAAGGAGAAGCGAGCGUUUCUAGCCACACUCCCUGUCCCUCUGAAAUUCACAACAAAAAGGAAAAGGCGAAAGUAAAGAAGCAUUUGAAUAUUUUUCUUGUGUUUUAAAAACCAUAGCCAGUUUCAGGCAUUUUUGUUUAGACAUUUCUGCAUGUGACUGGGCAGCUUGUACUCCAUCUUAUACAAUCAUGGUUUAUUCUAUCAAUUUACAAUUUGCCUUUCUCCUGUU